AAUUUGUAAAUUUUGACAAGUAUUGUCGUUACUUGUAGACAAUUUUUUUUAACUUUCACACACUUUAGAUAUGUUUUUGUAGUUAAAUAAAUAACAGUGAGUGAAGUGAUAAUUAUUAUAAUUGAACACAUAACCUCAAACGAGAAAGUUUCUAAAUCUACUAUUAAAAAUAAAUAUAAAUAAUAAGUGAUAAAUAAAUGAUAAAUUUUAGUCACAAUUUGAAAAAUUUAUAUUCGAUAUUUUUUUUAUCUAAAAAAUGUCUGAGGCGGAGGGCUCAGAAUCAUUUAUUGAACGACAAAGAUAUGAACUUGCAGCACUUAAGUCGAUUUAUGGCGAUGAACUACAGGAUUUGCGAAAAAAUAAACACAAAAGAAAAUGGCAACCACUGGAUAUUUUGGUAACAUUAACACCCCAAGAAGGAAUGUCAGGACCUGCUGAAAUUCACGCACAACUCGAUUUAAGAAUCACCUGCGGCGAACAAUAUCCUGACAAAGUGCCGCAAAUUCAAGUACAACGAAGUCAAGGACUUUCGGACAGUCAAAUUGGAAUGCUCAUAUCUGAAGUUGAGGCAUUAGCAGGAAAAAUUUGCGGUGAAGUUAUGAUAUUUGAAUUGACGCAGCACGUGAGAAAAUUUCUUUGCGAACACAAUAAACCGGGAACACGAAGUUUCUAUGAGGAAAUGAUGUUAACGAAACAGGAGAAAAUUAAAUACGAAAUGGAGGAGAAAAAAUUGAAAGAGGACAAAGAACGUCAAGUUUUACAAGAGGCAAUACAAAAGCGCCAAGAAGCCGUGAGGGCAGAAUUAAGAAAUCGUCGUGAAUCAGCGCGAAUGUCGCUCGAUAAUGAAUUAUCACGAUCGAUACCAUCGUCGCCGCGUGAACGUGUUCGAACAUAUUCACGACGUCGUUGUAUGAGUACAUCGGAAUCAUCAGAAAUUGGUUGCGAGCAUCGUGGCACAAAACUCUUGCAUUUCGAUAAUAAUAAAAACGAAAGACAAGUACAUCGUGGCAAAUGUCUCGGACACAGUACAAAGGGCUCUGUUGUAUUUGCCGGUCUCGACAUGACCACCGGUGAAUUACUGGCCAUCACCGAAUGGACAUUAAAAUACGCGAGAAGAAAAAAUGAUGCCGACGAUAGUGGAAAUAAUUUUGAAUUAUCAAACGAUUUACAACAGGGUCUAAAGCAAAUUGCCACAAUUGAACAGGAAUUAAAUCAUCUUUGUAAAUUGCAUCACACAAAUCUUGUACAUUAUCUUAAUAUGAAAACAAUGCAGGACGACGAUUCUAUUGUUAUUUAUAUUUUACAGGAGUUUGUCGUUGGAACGACAUGUUCAUAUUUUUUUACAGACAACACUCCAGUCGGUAUCGACAUGCUUCGUCAUUUAGCGACCGGCAUUCUUUCGGCACUUCAUUAUUUACACGAAAAUAAUGUCGUUCACAAGGAUAUUCGCGACACAAGUGUCCACAUAGAUCGUUCCGGAGUUAUCAAACUAUCGGACUAUUCCCUCGAUAAAAGGCUCUCGGAUGUUUAUCAAGCGAGUCGUUUAUCGAAAGCAGAAAAUGAUUUUCCCAUCAUUCAAGGAAGGAGUGGAAAAAAAUUAGAUAUUUACCGUUUUGGCAUUUUGAUAUUCUCAUUAAUUAAAGGCUACAUCGUUUCGGAAAAGGAAUUGGAACUGGAGUCAGUAUUACAGGCCAAUUUAAAGGACUUUCUAUCGAAAUGUCUGAUGAAGGACGAACGAAGUCGUUGGUCGACGGAUCAAUUACUGGAGCAUAAUUUCAUUCGUUCGCCAUUGGAGCGAGGUUUAUCGUCGCCGGGGAAAAAUCGUGACAACGACGAUGACGAUUCCGAUUCAGAGGAGCCUUUGACGGCCGUCAAUUUAUAUCCAUCGACAUUUGGCACACAUUCACGUAUUCAAAAUGAAUUUGCAAUAUUAAAAUGGUUGGGUAAGGGAGCAUUUGGCGAUGUGCUCAAAGUGAAAAAUAAACUCGACGGUUGUAUUUAUGCGAUAAAACGAAUUAAAUUGAAUCCCAAGAAUAAGCAAUUGAAUAGAAAAAUUACGCGUGAAGUUAAAUUACUCUCACGAUUACAUCACGAGAAUGUUGUACGUUAUUAUAAUUCAUGGAUAGAGAGUGCGACACUCGAAGAUCGUGCAUUGUGCUCGGAUUCAACUCCUCAGGAUACACCAUCGAAUAUGCACAGCGAGGAGGAAAACGCCGAUAUCGUCGACCAAUUAGGAGUUGCGGAAAUUGAGAAAUUAGCACCGCCAAUUCACGAUGUCGAGUGGAAUGUUUCAUAUGAAUCAAGAGCGAGUGUUGGUUUAACAGCCGACAGUGAAGAAGACGAUUCAGAAGAUGAUGAUUCUAGUGACAGCGAUGAAGACUGGGCUUUCAUAAUGGGAGUUGGAAGCGUUGAAAAUUCAUCAGAUGGCAUUGAAUUUGAGAAAGUUGGAACAGCCGACGAAAUUGAUUCAAUUUCGUCGUCAAACAUUAAAGAGCCGGAAAUAAAGAACGAACAACAACAAAAUGAGGAUAUUUCGAAUUUAAAAGAAAUUCAAUAUAUGUAUAUACAAAUGGAAUUUUGUGAAAAAUCAACACUAAGAACGGCGAUUGAUAAUGGCUUACAUGAAGACGAGAGUCGUGUUUGGCGAUUAUUUCGCGAAAUUGCUGAAGGUCUCGCCCACAUACAUCGACAGGGAAUGAUACACAGAGAUUUAAAGCCAGUCAAUAUUUUUCUUGACAGUAAGGAUCAUGUGAAAAUUGGCGAUUUUGGCCUUGCAACUACAAAUAUUCUCUCGACACUCGUGCAAACUGUCGACAAUACUGAUCGCGAUACACAAAUUAUCGACAAAGGUAUCAAUGGCGAUUUGGAUGAAUUGGGUUCAUUAACAGGACAAGUGGGAACGGCUUUGUAUGCGGCACCGGAAUUAAGUACAAAAGCAUCGAAAGCAUUUUAUAAUAAAAAAGUCGACAUCUACAGUUUGGGGAUAAUUUUUUUUGAAAUGUGUUACAAACCCCUGGCAACUGGAAUGGAACGAGCCAAAGUUUUAUUGAAUCUUCGCUCGCAGGAAAUUAUUUUUCCCGAUGACAUGAACGAAGUCGAUAUGGAAAACCAAAUUCAUCUCUUAAGAUGGUUACUAAAUCACGAUUCAACGCAAAGACCGUCAUCACAGGAACUUCUUGCCUCGGAUUAUCUGCCACCACCGCAAUUUGAACAAGCCGAACUUCAAGAGAUGUUAAAGCACGCAAUUUCCAAUAAACAAAGUAAAACCUACAAGGACAUUGUCUCAUGUUGGUUCUCGCAAUACACACCCGCCGAGGACAUUACAUUCGACAUGAAUUUAACAUCAAAAGCAAUUGUCAAUUCCCUCGUACCACGAAUUCAAUUAAUUCAAGAGAACGUCAAAUCAAAGGUGCUGAAAAUUUUCACAAAACACGGAGGAAUCUGUUUAGCGUCACCAUUUCUAAUGCCAAAUUCCGCCUGCACCCAAAGCUACACUGAAUCUUGCGUUAAGGUUGCGACAAAAAGCGGAAAUAUCGUUUCCCUGCCUUACGAUAUUCGUGUUCCAUUUGCAAGAUACGUGGUGAAAAAUAAUGUCCAUCGAUUAAAAAGGUUCGCGAUUGAACGAGUUUUUCGUGAAACGAAGAUUCACGGUCUACAUCCUCGCGAACUUUACGAAUGUGCAUUCGAUGUUAUUAGUCCAAUAGCAAAUAAUCUGAUGGAGGAGGCCGAAAUGAUAUCAAUUGUUUGGGAAAUAACAGCGGAAAUUCUCGAAUUAAAUGACAAAAAUUUCACCGUUCGCCUCAAUCAUACUUCAUUAUUGCAAGCGGUUUUAAUGUACUGCGGCAUCGAGGAGGAGAAGUAUCAAGAUAUUUACACGAUCCUCGGCGAUGCGCGAACUGGAAAAAUUUCCAGGUUUCAAGUGAAGACACAUUUCAUCAGUUUGUGCCUCACUGAUCAGGCGAUGGAGACUUUGUUUCAAAUUUUCGAGACGGAGAGUACGGUGGAUAAGAUUGCUGGGAUUUUGAAAAAUAUCACAAGGCGGAAGGGCGACGCGGCUAAUUUGGCACGAGAGGGACUCGGUGAAAUUGAAACCGUUAUUGAAAAUGUCGAAACCCUCGGGGUAAAGUGGCCAAUCACAGUCGUUCCUCUCCUGGUGCACAACAUUGAACAGCACAGUGGAAUAAUCUAUCAAAUAAUAUCGCGCGAAUCAAAGCGUCAUAGACGUAAAUGCGGUCAGGAUGUAAUCGCCGCUGGCGGACGAUAUGACAAAUUACUAUCAACUUUCCAUCAAGUUUUACAAAGUACAUCGCGAGGUGGCGACGAUUUACAACAAUUUGGCGUCGGUAUAAGUAUAUCCCUCGACAAAUUAAUUUCCAUUGUCGAUGAAUUAUCGCAAAAUCAAGAGACACGUAACGAGAGUAAAUCCGCCAACGAUAUUGUCGUGUGUUGCGUUGGCGGUGAACCGAUAAGACGACGAGAACAAGCCGAAGUACUCAGGGAAUUAUGGUCAUUGGAUUAUCGUGUAAAUUCGCAGAAUUUCACCAGUGUCGAGGAGGUAUUCGACUAUUGUCUCGAGUACACGAUCGAUCAUGUGAUUAUGCUAAAAAGCGGCGAGAAGGGAAUUCUAAUGGUUCACACAUGGGAGAAGGAUCGUUUUCUCGAGAGGAAAAUUAAUAUCAACGAACUCACCGAUUAUCUUCAAAAACAAAUGGAAAUCUCCUCACCAUCGCUAAAUCGUUCCGAUAGUAAAACAAAUACAAACAAUGAAGUCUCCAAUUACGUUUCGCCGAAUGUUAACAUUAAUUUUUUGUUUCACGAAAAGGACAAAUUAUUAUCCGGAAUUGCAAAAAGAAGUUGCAAGAAUUAUAUUCUCACGCAAAUGUCACCGCUUUUGCAAAGGAUACCAAAAAUAACUGUUCAAGUGUUUGUCGUCUCUCUCGAAAUGUCUAUAGUUCGCUCAAUCACAAGUUACGUGGAAAUAGACGAAGACGAGAAUCUCUACAACAAAAGUAUUCAAACCGUGAUAGACUUAUUUCCUCGCCAAAAGGAAUACUUGAAGCAAAUCUGCGAGGAAAUACGGGAGGUCCGAAAUGAAAAGAAUCGUCCCGCAAUUGUUUUGUACAGUUACACUGAUAGACGGUACGCGACAUUGAUAUAGUAAUUAUUGUUAAACAGAGAAAAACGUCUAAUAGAAUUUAAUAAAACAAGGAAAGAUUAUUACUUUUAUUUUUUACAAUCUUUAUAAAUAUGUAUAUUUCUCACAAACUAUGUAAUUUGAAAAAAUAGUGUACAUAUUGUACUGUUGAAUUACAAAAGACUGAUAUUUUACAGGACAAUCUAUGUCCAAUUUUGUUUUUUUUUUUUUCAAUUUACAUUUUGAAACAUUAAUGUACAUAAACCUGUUUUUCGACUUAUAAAAGUUGGACACAAAUACACAAAGUUCAUUGUAUGAAAUAAUUUAGAAAAUUAUAUUUAUGUAAAUUUAAUUGACAAUGUUAAAAAAAAGUCAAGAAAAAUUCUUAUUUUUAAAGAAUAGUUUUUUAUAAACUGUUUUUACAAUUAA